GCGCCACCGUCACACGAGGACGAGCAGUUUCUUCAAACCACCUUCAGGUCUUUCUGCCACCUUAUUUUUCAAAGCAGUCGCGAAGUGCGGAUUGAGUUCGAGCGCCGCUUUCUGAAAGAUGUGCGCCGUCAAGAGAGGAGGAGCACUAGCAGUGCAGGGCCUUUCACAUCCGGCUCAGCUGCGUGGUUUACGUUCCUUUUGCCCAUUUUCCUUGGUGUCUUUCAACCGCCCAGCUGGACUAGUUCGGCAUCCACUUCUUCUGCAUUGAUGUCAGACCACGAUUCCGAACAGCGUAACGACAACAAGUACCAGGACGAAG